AUGAACGACGAUACAGACAAUCGCCAAAUAGCACAAAUAGCAGAGAUUCCUCCUGAGCUGGACAAUAUGUUACUGAACUUCACAAUAAAUGUUCUCUUAGAAAAGCCUGAUGACUUGUACAACCACGCCGCCGAAUACUUCUGCAGACUGCGAGACGAAAACGCUUCUAAUACAGCUGAGAAGGACAAAAUAUCAGACACCUCCGAUGGAGAGGCUGUGGACGAGGGUGAAAUCGCUCGAAUUCUUGGCGCUCGGAACAGCAGACGUUCCACUGUGUUUGGGGAGGCUUACAACCCGGAAGAAGACUAUGAAGAAGAAGUACAGAAGUUCCCCAAAAACGAAGACGAGUACCAGACGAUCAAAAAUCAGAUGCGAGAUGUGUUUUUGUUUCGGGUUAUGGACGAGGUCGCUUUGGACGCUGUCAUAGAAUCCAUGCAGCCAAGGAAGGUAGAGCAAGGUGAGAUAGUGAUUGAACAAGGAGAUGAUGGUGAUUAUUUCUAUCUCAUUGAUAAAGGAAACUUUGAGGCAUUUGAAGAAGAACCUACAGGUUCUCGAAAAUCAUUAAAAAAAUAUGAAGGCAGCGGGAGCUUUGGCGAACUUGCAUUGCUUCAUAAUCAACCCAGAGCAGCUACUGUGGUAGCAUUGACGAAUGGAAAACUGUGGGCAAUGGAUCGAGCUUCAUUUAACAGGCUGGUCGUAAAGCGAGCGUACAACAAGCGUAAGGCCUACAUGAAGCUCCUAGAAGGGGUGCCAGAGCUACAACCCCUAACGGAGUACGAGAAAAUGCAGCUUUGCGACGCCCUGGUGCCCGUCCGUCGCAAGAAGGGUGACAACAUCGUCAUCGAAGGAGACGAGGGAGACGGCAUGUACAUAAUCGAGGAAGGGAUGGUGAAGGUGGUGAAGGGUAACAAGGAGAUCUGCAAACUCGGAAAGGCGAGCUAUUUCGGAGAAAUGGCUUUGGUCAAGCACCAACCGAGAGCUGCAACCGUGACUGCAGUGGAAAACACCAAACUAGCUUUCCUGGAUGUGCAGGCAUUUGAGAGAUUGCUCGGCCCCUGCAUGGACAUCCUGAAGAAAAGAAUGGAAAGUUAUAAGUGA